UGGCACUCAAAGGCGGCGUGGCAAGAAGCAAUGAAGCGAGCAGAAUAGAUCCUCGGAGCGAACUGGAGAGGCCAUCUGUGAUGCAAAUUGAAUAUAGCUCGGAAACUGACAAUUUUUGCUUUUUUUCGGUCUAGACGAUUGCCAUAGGUGACGAGAUGGAGCCUUUGAGAUCGUUGUUGCUGACAGUUCUGCCCUAGCUAGAUGCUGCAAUUGCUGAACUCUAUCUGACUCGGUUCGUGAGGACGAGGAACUCAGAGCGAACGACAGAGUUUUGGAUACAGAGGUUCUCAAAAGGGUUUGCAAAUUGUAGAUGGUGUAGCGGCAGAACUCGAUAGCUAAGGAAAGUCAAUUUUAAGGUACAAUGACGGUCGUCGUCGUUAUGUUGUCUUAGAAACUUAAAGUGCAGGGCAGUGUUUUAGUCGUAAACGCGAUGGUGUUCCUUCUGUUCGUCAUUGCGUUCCUGGUGUUCUUCUUUGCCAACCCCGGGUCGGCGUCGUGAAGGACGGACCGAUGGAAGCAGUGACCUCGAGGGAAGUUUACCGACGCAAUAUGUCGGAGGAGUUUUCCUCCUUCCUCUGUGCUGCCAAUUCAGGUGUGCCUUCGCCCUGUACAUUGACUGGAUUAUGUUGUGGAGUUCUGUUGGCUAGGCUGGGCGUGGCCGUCGUGUAGCUGUUCAUUUUUGUGGUGGAUUAGACGUAGUUUAGCAAUUUGUCUGACAGCGCUGUGUAUGUCAUUUCGCAGUUCCGUGGCAAAUCUAUCGUUGUGUUUAAUUGUUUUAUUGCUUUGAUCAAACUUUUGUGUUAGUUCUCUCUGAGCAAAUGCAUAAUUUUCGUGCACUAGGAUGUAAACUUUUGGCGUUCAUAUGUGGUCGAAUCGUUGCCUUGCACAGGCUGCCGGGUGGUUUGUCUUUAUGUUGUUUAUUGAGUCGUGUCCUUUGCUAAUAUAGUCGGCUUGAUUGAAUUUAUGGAUGUCUGCUGACUUGUCGUCUGCCGUAUGCUAGACGCCAGACGUAUGCCUGUCUAGUUCUGAAUUGUACAAGUCAGGAGUAUGUCAAUGCCCUUGGGUGUUGAUUGUAUUACCAUCUCUGGGUGAGACCGUUUGCAAUAUGCGUAUUAGAUUCUCAAAGCGAGACAAUUAUUUUUUGGUCCGACUUCUUGUUCAGAAAAGCCUUGAGAGAGCAUAUUGAUGUUUGCUACUCUGAUAAGCAAUUACUGCAGAUUUCGUCUCAACGGAUUUAUGCAAGUUAGUAACCGGGAGACGUCAAUCGACUGGCCAGCAAGGUAGGUGAUUUUCUGACCUUCUGCGAGUUUCUCACCUUCAGCUGAGGGUACUUGUUUGUGUUGCUCUCAAAAUUGCGUUUGAGCCGUCAUGGGCAAGCCUACCACACCUUGCGCAAUUUUAACAAGAAAGAGCGUGUUAGGCCCAGAGCCCAAAUUCUUACCUUGCUGUCAGAUCUGAAGAGGACAUGUGAAGGCGUAGUUUUAAAUAUUUGCUUGCUAAGCCGUAUGUAUAUACCAACUGGGAUGUGGACACUAAUUUUGUAUCUAGUCACUUAUAUUAGCAGUGUAGUUACCCAGUACAUAGAAAAUAACGACUGAAGGGACACUCUUUGUUAUUCUUUGUUGUUUAGAGGCUUUUAUCAGAAACAUAGCUGCCUAAAAUUUUCAUGGAGGGUUGAAUACUAAAGUCUCAAAAAAUACAGAUUUUUCUGCAAAAAGUUGAUGGAGUUCUUCAAUAAGAGCCUGGUUACCUUUCUGCACGUUAUGAACCCGUAAAAUCAUUACGCUGAUCAACAGCGUAAUGUAGAUUUUACGGGGUCAUAAGGUCACAGAUUACAGACGUUGAUCAAGCUAAAAUAGCUUGGUCAACGUCUCAGAUAUUGUGCCGCACCUUCCAAUGUUUUUCACUUCCACGAUCUUAGCGUAGAAGUACUCUUACCGCUCCUAUCGUUCUUUUUAACCUGUUAUAAACUGGUGGAAAGUAUUCCGUUGGUUUGGGAUUUGGAAGAGGCCUGGAAAAUAUAGAAGUAUUCUGCAUCUAAGGACGGUUUUAGUAACUGCCUUUCAACUUUAUCUGUUGGAAAGCCCCGUUUAGCGUUCUGAGCUUUCAACAAAGAGGCACACGACUGCUUUGUUAUAAACUACUAGCUGUUAGUUCAAGGGUAUGUGUAUUAACUCAUUUCAUGUUUUGUCCGAUGUUUCUUGAAUAAGUGGAACUGCUUUUAGCUUACCAGAGCGAAAGAGUUACAAGACUAAAUUGAAUAUGACAGCGAUAGAUGUUUUGAAACUAAAUCAUUACAUAUUUUUGCCUUAGAUUUGUACACUCCAUGUAACUUGCUAAUGUAUUAGCUACGGGAUCGAGUGUAAAAGGCAUUUUUUGAGAAUGUAAUUUUAAUUAGUUGUCGUAUUGCUUUUUUCCCUCAAUUGUUGUUUGCGAAUUGUAGGGCAUCUCGCGACACUGCCCAUGUUCUCAGAAGCAUCGAUUGUGUACCAGCCAUGUUAAAGAUACGUGAGGAGUGUGGGCAGGACUAAAAGUGUGUAAUACGAUGUGGAAAUAGCUGAGUGGAAUUUGCCUGAAUUGCACCAGCUUGGACCUUUCAGACAUUAUGCCCUUGUAGUAUGUCUUCUAACAGCAACGUACACUCCUGAUCCGCAACUUCGUUCUCUUCUCCGAUGGGUAUAGCAAGCAACAACUUUGAAGUUUGCAACAUCCGAAGGGCAGGAAGAAUAGGGUACUAGGUGCUACUGGAUCCAAGAUAAUGAUGAAAAAUAUUUUAGGAAAAUUGUUAGUGUGUAGAAACUUUGAAUAUAUCUAUAUGCAAUAGCAGUUCAUUAAUGUCUACUGAUC